UCUGCAUUGCGUUUAGUUGGAGCCAUGGCGCGGUCUAAAGCAAAAGUUUAUCUCUGUUCCGCGCUGAUUCUGAUCAGCCUUAUCUCCGUGAUUGGGUGUAUAGCUGUUUUGCCAGGCGCAGGUGUCCAAAAGAAGCUUACCUAAAAAUAGCAGUAGCCACAGACUCAGAGAUAUGCUCGAAAAUUGGAAGGGCCAUACUUAAAGAAAAAGGGGGCUCUGCAGUAGAUGCUGCUAUUGCCGCGCUGCUGUGCACUUUUGUGGCAAAUCCGCACAGUGCGGGGAUUGGAGGGGGCUCCAUAUUCACAGUGAUGGACAGCUCUGGUAGCAGACAUUCACAUUUGCUCAGUUUUCGUCAUUUGCUCUUUUGUCAUGAAGUUCGACACACAUAGAAUUGAAGUUAUUGUGUUUUACAUUUUUAAAGGUGAUUUCAAAAUCAUCAACUCCAGAGAGGUAGCGCCUACAAAAGUGAAAUCUGACUUGCUGAAGUCCUGUCCCGAGGAGAGCAUGACAGAUGUGAAAUGGAUUGGAGUUCCAGGAGAAAUUCGUGGAUAUGAAGCGGCUCACAAGCUGUAUGGAAAGUUGCCCUGGGCAGAUCUCUUUCAGCCCGCCAUCAAGCUGGCAAGAGAGGGAAUUCCCAUCUCUGAUUUCCUCCAUUCACACAUUGAGAAUAUCCCAAAUUCAAAUGAGACCCAGUCUUUACGAAAAUUAUUUACAGACAACAACAAUAACUUUCUUAAAGCUGGAGACUUUGUCAAGUUUGAGAAACUGGCCGACACUCUGGAGAUGAUUGCAAACCAAGGACCAGAUGUCUUUUAUACUGGAAAAAUAGCAGAAGAUUUGGUCCAGGAUGUGAAGGCAGCAGGAGGAACACUUGAGCUGCAGGACCUGGCAUCAUACAACGCUACCUUGACUGACGCAUGGAAUGUGUCUAUGGGGGAGUAUCGGAUGUACUUCCCCCCACCGCCUGCAGGAGGAAGUCUCCUCACACUCAUCCUCAACAUCAUGAGAGGAUUCCCGUUAAAUCCAGACAGUCUGACUGGGAAAGAAAAGACACUGUUUUAUCAUCGUUACAUUGAAUCUUUCAAGUUUGCAAAUGGACUCAAGAAAUACAUUCGAGAUCCAAGGUUCACCUCAGAAAAGAGGGCGAAGCAAAUCACAGAAGAAAGCUUUGCCAACUACAUACGAAGCUUGAUCACAGAUGACAAGACGCAUGAGCUCCAGUUUUACAACGUUACCCCACAUCUGGACAGCACUGGCACCACGCAUGUGUCGGUGCUACAUGAAGACGGAUCUGCCGUUGCUGUCACCAGCACCAUAAACUACAUUUUUGGGUCCAGGGUUGUGUCUCCAAGAACAGGCAUCAUCCUGAAUGAUGAGCUGAGAGACUUUUGCGGGAGAGCAGACACCAUCUUACCUGGGGAGCGUCCCCCCUCAUCCAUGUCCCCCGUUGUGCUGAAGUCUAAAUCAAGGACACUUAUGAUUGGAGGAUCUGGUGGGGGCAGGAUUACGACUGCAAUGGCAUCGGCUCUCAUUAACCACCUAUGGUUAGGAAAAAGUCUUAAGGGCGCCAUUUAUACUUCUGUUGUUUUUGUGGACUCUGAAAAUGCAUUGGAUUUUGAACCUGACUUUGACAAGGAUGUGAUUGAGGGUCUUAAAGCACUGGGACACAACCAUACAACGGUCCGAAAAUUUAACAACAGUGUUAACGCUGUGGAGAAAAAGGACGGCUGCAUCUUUGCUGUGUCUGAUUUCAGAAAAAAGGGAAAGCCAGAUGGUUACUGAGCUCACAUGUGAUGAAUGUCAUUAAAAGACUUUUGGAGAUGUGAAAACAAAGAAACAGCAGCUGAAUGUGUAUAUAUAUAUGUGAAAGAAGCAGUGCAAAAGGGUUCCACCAACUGAACUUACACUGAUAAUGUUUUAUACAACCUUUUUUAAAUAACAAGUUUUGACCUUAUAGAGUGAAGCAAUUCCUCUUUGUCAUUUCAUUUCAAUCAUUUUUUAUCUAUGCAUUUUUUUCUAUCAUGAAAAUUGUUGUUUAUAUGUUUGUUGUACAUUAUUGAACAUUUUCACAAUUGAAAAGGAGCAGAGUUGAAGAAUACAAUUAUUCGAAUUAUCUGCUCCUUUUUAAACAUUGCAUCAUUUUACACUUCUCACCCAAUCACCUAUGCUCAAGUGUCAACAUACGGUUCAAAUAAACAUAGUAAAAACAUUCCAUUCAUUUAGUACAUACAAUCCAAAUAUUCCAUUCAAUUGUCAAGUUUACAUCCGUUUAAAUUGAAUAUUUUGACGACCUUUUAACUAAUUCUCCUGGGAAUUCCACGUUAUUCCCCCUGCUAUAGGCAAAUACUUUUGCUUUAGUGUUGUUUGAGCAAACUGUUGUUUGAAAUGAAACCUUCUAUGAUUUUCAUCUCCUGUAGUUAAAAUAAAAAGCUUUUACAAGU